GGGCGCAAUCGAUCGCCGACGCUUUGUCAGACCCCCAUUUGUGGGGGAAUUUAUCCCUUUACUCGCCAAUCUUCUCCGUCGGUCUUUCUCUUUCUCUCCUCCCUCAGCUUCACUUCUUGUACCACUACAAAAAUCAUCCGUUGAGAUGAUGCCCGUUUAUUCUUUCUCUUCUCCUUCCUGAUCCCUUUCGACUUUCCUCAAUUAUAUACCUUUCUCUAGCCUAGAUGGCGCUCUUUUCGGCCUACGGCCCGCCCGAUCAGUCGGAGACUGAUAACCUGGGGGUGGAUUGGGUGGUUCACUAUGAUUUUGAGGGUCUCGAGUUUACCCAGGCCAUCGAAGAAUUCCGAACCCUCAUCCAUGACCUCGAAGAAGCCAACCUCCAAACCCAGGUCCGACAUGGUCAUGGAUCCUCGCUGCUAGUGUUCAUUCGGGUACCCCGCGAUCACCUAGGGAAAAUGGUCCAUCAGUCUCGCGUGAAAGAUUGGUUGUAUGGGAUUGCUCACGAGCUCCCGGUGGGCGACGAUCAGACCGUCGCCGACGCUGAGAGCCCCGCCGAAGAACUCCGAUCGGUAUACCACGCCGUGACGUGGCAGAAGUCGCUGGGAGGAGCUGGAAUCACGGCGCAGCAUGGUCCAUGGAAGCAUGUCACUGCUGCUAUUCCGCUCCACGACCCGGCCGCCAAUGCGGAGCUGUUACGGAAAUGGAGUCGGUCUGUACUUUUGACGCCGGAUGACUUGGAUGCCAUAAGAGCUUUGUAUGGCGAGAAGGUCGCCUUUUACUUUGCCUUCAUCCAUUGCUACUCGACUUUCUUGUUCUUCCCUGCCGCAUGGGGCGUCUUUUCCUGGCUCUAUCUGGGCCCUUAUUCCGUCACCUGCGCCGUGGUCAAUUGUCUCUGGUGUAUCGUUUUUGUUGAAUUCUGGAAGAUUCGCGAAACCGAGCUCAGUCUGCGAUGGAACGUAAAAGGCGUCGGCGCGUUGAAGGUCAAUCGUGUGCAGUACGUCUGGGACAAGGAGAUCAAGGAUCCUAUCACCGGAGAGACGAUGCGCGUGUUCUCGGCCCACAAGCAGCUUCUUCGUCAGCUCCUGUUGAUCCCAUUUGCUACGGUCGCAAGUUUAGCACUCGGCACGCUGAUCGUCGCCUCAUUUGCCCUGGAGGUUUUCAUCUCCGAGGUGUACAAUGGUCCCUUCAAGACCUACCUGGAGUUUCUGCCGACCGUGCUUUUCUCCCUCUCCCUGCCGUCGAUCACCAACGUUCUCACCCGCGUGGCCCUCCGGUUGACCAAGUACGAGAAUUACCGCACCCAGGAUCAGUACGACUUGGCUCAGACGUCGAAGACUUUUGUUAUGCAUUUCAUCACGGCAUUCCUGCCCACCAUUCUGACCGCUUUCGUGUACGUCCCGUUUGGCGCUCGCAUCCUGCCGUAUCUCGACGUGUUCCAGGUUCGAGGAAUGUCCCACUCCCUCAACCCAUCGCAAGUGCACAUUGAUACCUCGCGACUGCAACAGGAAGUUAUUUCGCUGUCCGUCACCGCGCAGGCUCUCAAUUUCGGUGAGGAGGUGGUAUUUCCGUAUGUCAAACGUGUGCUGUUGCAGAAAUGGCGCGACUACCGAGAAAAGCGAGAAACAUCGAGCCACACUAGGAACCAUUCGCGACAGACUGACCGACUGCUGGCCGAUUUACCCGAGGAGGCAAGCUUUCUCACGCGAGUUCGCAAUGAAGCCGAGGCAGACGAGUACAACGUGCACGAGGAUAUCCUCGAGAUGGCCGUUCAGUACGGGUAUUUGGCCCUGUUCGGAAUUUCGUGGCCCCUGGUGCCUCUCGGAUUUCUAGCCAAUAAUUGGCUCGAAUUGCGUGGUGACUUCUUCAAGCUGAGUCUGGAGUGUCAGCGACCGGCUCCUAUCCGUGCCGACUCGAUCGGACCGUCUUUGCAGGGGCUGGAGCUCCUCACGUGGCUAGGAUGCUUGUCCACUGCCGCAAUUGUAUACUUGUACCGUGAUGGAAUGGAGCAGGUGAACACCACCUCCCUACUCUUGGCCAUUCUAGUGGCCGAAUGGGCCUAUCUGGUGGUGCGGUUCGCAGUACACACCGGGCUGCAGAAGCUGACGGUGGGAAUCCAACGACGAGAGUCGGCAAAACGGUAUGCCGUGCGCAAGGCAUAUCUGGAUACUUUCUCGGAAUGUGCCUCCCCGCGCAACAAGAACAAAGUGCGAUUCCAGGAUAAGGUCAGUGUUUACAGCACCGCCACGGACGUGAAGACCGGGUCCGAGGAAGCCUUGCACGAGGGACAAAAUGGCAAUGGGCAAAUGGAGAGAUUCUGGUCAUGGCCUCAACAAGAGACAGCGGACGCAGGCGUUCGGCUGAUCAAGGCAUUGGGCUCCGAGAGCAAGCCAGUAAAGGAUGCGAAGGGAGCGUAGAACACUUUUUUUUCUGCAUUCUCUGUUUUCUAUCAUUUUUAACACAUGUAUGUUAAGUGGACAAUGAACAAGAAUUUGACCGGAAAAUCGGAAGUUGGACGACGAGAGCAGACUAGUGGGAUUCGUCAACCAGGGACACAUCAGCAAAUCGGGGAGGCAAGCGAUCGAUCACAAUGAGCGCUCGUCUGAAGCAGGACCUUCCGAGA